UUUUCAAGUGUCAAAAGUGCACUUUGUCGCGAAUUGAGUUGAAGGCAGGCAGCAGUAGCCCCGAUUGUGCGAGGCAGGGUGAAGAGGGUAGUUCAAAUGGCGGUGCAGUGGACACAAGGAAAGAAAAAUGCGAGGGCUAAUCAAAAGGUUUUCAUUAUGGCUGAAAGUAUUUUCUCUUUUGAACUCCUAUGUCCUGAGUUGUGCGGUUUUUUAGAUCGUGUGCUGCCCUUUGAAGUUCUCCAUGACUUUCUUAAGGAGAUGGAAAGUGCUGGCUACAAAGGAUGCUCACUAUGUAAUCUGUAUAACGCCCUCCGCGAGGAUCUAGAUGCUACAACAAAAGGGAAAGCCUCAAGUGGUAUGGCAGUACUUGUCUUAUUCAUCAGGAAAAAUUUAAUUCCGACAGGAUUUUCUCCUUCGAUGACUCGAACGACUCCCAUCUCCGAAGCUGUGAAAUAA